AUGCUCAGCUAUCAUAUGCAGGGUUUUAGUGGAUAUGGAGUUCAAUAUUCUCCAUUCUUCGACAACAAGCUCGCGGUAGCUGCCAGUUCAAACUUCGGCUUAGUUGGAAACGGUAAGUUAUACAUACUCGAGAUAGGUCGUGAGGGUAAAAUAGCAGAGGUUAAUUCAUUUCUGACACAGGAUUGCUUGUUUGACGUUGCAUGGAAUGAAAGUCAUGAAAAUCAAGUACUGGUGGCACAAGGAGACGGCACAUUACGCUUGUUCGAUACGACCUUGAAAGAGUUUCCUAUUGCCAUAUUUAAGGAACAUGAAAGAGAAGUUUUCAGUUGCAAUUGGAACUUGGUUAACAGGCAGAACUUUUUGAGCAGCUCAUGGGAUGGGUCCAUAAAAAUAUGGUCUCCUUUGAGAAAGCAGAGUUUAAUGAGCCUUACCCCACGACCUUUAGAAAUUACCAAGAUGGUGGAUCCGCUGAAUGCAAUUUUAUUAAACAAGAAAAACCAUACUGGUAUCUCUAAAAAUAAAAACUGUGUAUACCAAGCACAAUUUUCUCCCCAUGACCCAAACUUGGUCAUAUCCUGUUCCGGAAAUUCAUAUGCAAGCCUAUUCGACAUCAGGUUACCGCCGAGCAAGAAUCAGAAUAAUUUUCUGGUGCAUUCAGGUCUAGAAGCAUUGACUUGCGAUUUCAAUAAAUAUAGACCAUAUGUGGUUGCUACAGGCGGUGUAGACAACGCGAUUAGAAUCUGGGAUAUUAGGAUGUUAACUACAAAUGGAUCAGCCACAAACAACAGGACAACGCAGAACCAAACCCAUAACCCGUCAUGCAUUAAUGAGAUAAUCAAUGCACACGGGCUAGCAAUCAGAAAAGUUAGUUGGUCGCCUCAUCAUUCAAAUAUUUUGAUGUCUGCUUCAUAUGAUAUGACUUGUCGAAUAUGGAGAGAUCUCAGUAAUGAUGGCACAAAGGAAACCUAUAAAACUAACUCUACGGAUGCUAGGAAGGGCUCCAUUUUAAAUUUCACCAAGCAUUCAGAAUUCGUAUUUGGAAUUGAUUGGAGCCUGUGGGGAAAGCCGGGCUACGUAGCUUCCACUGCAUGGGAUGGCAAUUUGUUUGUAUGGAAUGGCUUAGGUUAUUGA